CAAAGUUCUAUCAUUUCCAUCAACUCUUUGAAACUUAAUAUCAAAAACCCAAUUGUUCUAAUUAAUGGCUUCAAAAAUUGUAGCCUCCACUUCCCUUCUUCUCUCCCUUAAUCUUCUAUCUUUCGCUCUGGUUAGUUCUACCUAUUACCCAUCAGAGCCGAUGAACUACGCACCCGACUAUUCUAGUCAUCCAUCGUCAACAACACCAAAGGCAAUUGACGAUGCACCUGAUCACUACUCUAGCCACCCAACAAUAACAGAGCCAAUGAAAUACGCACCCGACUAUUCUACCCGUCCAUCAUCAACAACACCAAAGGCAAUCGACUAUGCACCUGACUAUUCCAGCCACCCGACAACAACAGAGCCAAUGAACUAUGCACCUGACUACUCAAGUAGCCCAUACUCUGAUUCAGCUAAAUGUCCGAGAGAUACUCUUAAGUUGGGUGUAUGUGUCGGCUUAUUGAAAGAUUUGUUGAGUGCUACCGUUGGUACCCCACCACAUUCGCCUUGCUGUAGCCUAAUCGGUGAUCUUGUGGAUCUUGAAGCUGCCGUUUGCCUUUGCACUACCAUCAAAGCUAGCCUCUUGGGCAUUAAUUUGAAUCUUCCGAUCAACUUGAGCCUGUUGCUCAACUACUGUGGCAAACAGGUACCCGAAGGAUAUUAUUGUGCAUAAUAAAAAUUGCACUUUACUUCUACUUCUGGAAUUGCUAAUUGCGUUUCAGGUUCCGAGAUUAUUUAGCUUGUGCCAUUGACAUGCUAUCUAAUUAUUUAUUUGUUGUCAUCUUUUUUUUUAAUUCAUUUUUCUGUUAAUUGACGGAAUUAAGGAUUCCUGUCUUCUUCAACAUUCACUAGAUCUGUAUGAUGUAUUGCUGAAUUGAGUUCAUUUUCUGUUUGAUUUCUAUAAUUAAACAUUUCAAUUGCAAAUUAAUUGUGGAUAA